AUGGUUGAGAUGAAGAUGGAGAUGCUGAUAUCUGUGCUGGGGGUCGCAUGCGCCGCCAAUCUGGGCUACUUGCCGCGCCAGAUGCAGCAGCAGAAGCUGCCACAGGUCCAGCCGCAGGGCCAGGCGUAUUACUAUAAGGCGCCCAGUGUGAGCACCAUGGCGGCGCUGCGUCGCAUCAUACAGGGCCACCUGCAGCGUUUCCAGCUGGCGGACAGGCAGCGUUCGCUGCUGUGGCAGGCUAAGCCGGAAGUGCAGCUGCAACCAUUGCAACGGCAGCCCGCUGUCGCUGCCACACAGCAGAGCUUGGGCUAUGGGGUGCCACCAAAUACGCCGACACCCAAGAACUAUGCAAUGAAUUUCCUGCCCGACGGCAAGGAUGUGGCACCCGGAACUUCCUACAUACCGCUCAAGCUGCUGCGGAUUCGACGUUGA